AUGUUCACUCGUAAGCGCAUAAUUAUUGCGGCUGUAGUCAUCAUAGGCAUUCCGGGACUGGCGCUGGCAUGGUGGCUGCUGUCUCCGCUAUUCAUCAGCACGACUAUCGAUGAGGAGUUUCCGCUCGCGGCCAAUGCUGUCGUUCCGGCCGACAUGACGAUGGAAGAGGCCGAGCAAGCCAUGGUCCAGGCGGCAAGCAGGUUCAACACUUACGAAGAGCAAGUGCCUGAAGAAAUGGCGAUGCCGGACGACUCGACCAAGAUGGACGCUUCGGUCGUGAAGGUCAGGUCGGGCAGCUUCCAGGGUGCCGACAGCUUCCACAAGGGCAGCGGCACCGCGACGAUUUAUCGCAGCGCGGACGGUAAGAACCUGCUGCGGCUGGAGGAAUUCAGCGUUACCAAUGGGCCGGAUUUGCAUGUGCUGCUUGUUCCCAAUCCGGACCCGCAGGGGCGCGGUGAUGUCGAAGGGUACAUCAGUCUGGGCAAGCUGAAGGGCAACCUGGGCAACCAGAAUUAUUUCCUGCCGGACGGCGAUGACGGAUCCGGAUAUGGCAGCGUGGUCAUAUACUGCAUGCCGUUCCAUGUUGUGUUCAGCGUGGCUACGCUUAACUAG